GUCACACGCAAACGCUGUCUCAACUCUGUAACACUGUGAACACUCAUUGUGUUCACAAAAGGGUAGCUCACAUCAUAAUCGUAUGCACAACCAGAUCUAAACCGAGCAUCUUCCAAUCUCUUUCAACAAGAAUAAAAGCAAAAGUUGGAAGAAAAAAGGGAAAGAUAAAGAGAGUAUAAAAGAGUUUGUGCUUCCUUUUCUUUUCAUAUUUGAACGAACCCAGUUUCUGUUCUUCCAGUGAAACAGGAAAACAAACCCCAUAUAAUUUGGGAGGAGAAAAUGACAAGUGUUGUUAUACUGGCUGUGACAGCGUUAGUGCUUCUGGGCUUCACUAAUGGGGAAGACCCAUAUAGAUUCUUUACGUGGAAUGUUAGUUAUGGUGAUAUUUACCCUCUUGGCGUUAAGCAACAGGGAAUAUUGAUUAAUGGUCAGUUUCCAGGGCCACAGAUUGAGACUGUCACGAAUGAAAAUUUAAUUGUCAGUGUCUUCAAUAGCUUGGAUGAACCUUUCCUACUCUCUUGGAACGGCAUACAACAAAGAAGGAACUCUUGGCAGGAUGGAGUCUAUGGCACGAACUGUCCUAUCCCACCCGGACAGAAUUUUACUUACAUUCUCCAAGUCAAAGAUCAAAUCGGUAGCUUUUUCUAUUUCCCGUCCCUUGCCUUUCACAAGGCUGCUGGAGGAUUUGGUGGCAUAAAAAUCUUCAGCCGUUCUGUGAUCCCCGUUCCUUUCCCUCCACCUGCUGGAGAUUACACCAUUCUAGCCGGUGAUUGGUUCAGGCAAAACCACACGGAUUUGAAAGCAAUUCUAGAUAAUGGACUUAAUCUUCCCUUCCCCGAUGGACUUCUCAUAAAUGGUCGUGGAUCGAACGGCAAUACAUUUACGGUGGAUCAAGGCAAGACUUACAGAUUUCGCAUAUCAAAUGUCGGGCUCUCGACAUCUAUCAAUUUCCGAAUUCAGGGUCACAAGAUGUUGUUGGUCGAGGUUGAAGGGACACAUACAUUGCAGAACACCUAUGAGUCUCUUGACAUUCACUUGGGCCAGUCCUACUCUGUUCUGGUCACCUGUGACCAACCUGCACAGGAUUAUUACAUAGUCGUCUCAACACGUUUUACAUCACAAGUGCUUACAACAACAUCCAUUCUGCACUACAGCAACUCAGCAUUAAGUGCAUCUGGUCCGGCUCCAGGUGGGCCCACAACUGAGAUUGAUUGGUCCCUCAAUCAGGCAAGAUCCAUCAGGCAAAAUUUAACUGCAAGUGGGCCUAGACCUAAUCCCCAAGGCUCUUAUCACUAUGGACUGGUAAACACUACCCGCACAAUCCGACUGGCAAAUUCUGCUCCAAGUAUCAAUGGUAAACAGAGGUACGCUGUCAAUAGUGUAUCGUUUAUCCCAGCAGAUACACCACUUAAACUUGCGGACCAUUACAAUAUUCAAGGGGUGUUCAGCCUUGGAAGUAUCCCAGACAGUCCCACGGGUUCCGGGGGUUACCUUCAGACUUCAGUCAUGGCUGCUGAUUUCAGAAGUUUUGUUGAGAUUGUGUUUGAGAACUCAGAAGACACUGUGCAGUCAUGGCACAUCAAUGGCCACAUAUUCUUUGUAGUGGGGAUGGAUGGUGGGCAGUGGUCACCUGCAAGCAGAUCAAGUUACAACUUGAGGGAUGCAAUUUCUCGUUGCACCAUUCAGGUGUAUCCUGGCUCGUGGACUGCCCUAUAUAUGCCUCUUGACAACGUGGGCAUGUGGAAUGUAAGAUCUGAGAACUGGGCUCGGCAAUACUUAGGUCAGCAGUUCUACCUUCGUGUAUAUUCGCCAGCAAAUUCGUGGAGAGAUGAGUACCCCAUCCCAAAGAAUGCACUCCUAUGUGGUCGGGCAUCAGGUCGUAAAACCAGGCCUUUAUAAGACAUGACAAACACGAAACAGUCACGAAGGUGUGACUGCUUUUUACUGGUUGAGGAAGAUGAAACUCCAUUUCUGUUGAGCCUAUUAAUCCAUUCAGAACAUUUUUCUGUUGGCACUUACGAAGUAUUUCCUACUUUUCCAUGCAAUCCAAAUAGAAUUCAUCAAAUAUACAAUUUCUCUUACUCCUACUGGAAGCAGCAGGAGAUGAAAGGAACUUUUUUCCUACUUAUGAGUAGAUAUCUCAA